AAAGGAUUUCCCGUUAAUUCCAGAGGUUUCCUGGGCAUCGAUCGAGAGGGAGAUGGCAACUUCGAAAUUGGCAGCAGCAGCGGCUGAGAGGCUGGGGACAGCCGCCAGACGCCAAGCCCUAACGCUAACAGAAGCGGCGGCGGGUAGGAUACGCCACCUUUUACAGCAGCGCCAACGCCCUUUCCUUAAACUCGGCGUCAAAGCUCGCGGUUGUAAUGGCCUUUCCUAUACCCUAAAUUAUGCAGAUGAGAAAGGGAAAUUUGAUGAGUUGAUUGAGGACAAGGGUGUGAAGAUAUUGAUAGAUCCAAAGGCUCUUAUGCAUGUUAUUGGUACCAAGAUGGACUUUGUAGAUGACAAGCUCAGAUCUGAGUUCAUAUUUAUUAACCCCAACUCAAAAGGACAGUGUGGGUGUGGGGAGUCGUUUAUGACAACAAGUACUGCAGAAGCUACAAAGGCUGGGGGAAGUUCUUAAUCGUGUUCACAACAAACAAACUACGGUAAACCUGGGACCACACCCUUCAUAAUCCUGUAUAGUAUAUGUGAAAUUACCUAUCUAGCCUUUCCAUGAUAAUUAUAAUACUUUCUUUUUAACUGCUAAAAAAGCAAGUUAUUUCCCUGUUCCUGUUGCUUCCAUGCCUUAGGGGUUGUUUACCUAAAUGCUUAUCCGGUGAGUGCUUACCUUAGAAGUCAACACUAUAAUUUAUUUUACUGGGUAAGGUUGUAGUACAUCAAAACGUAUUACAUGCAAUAUUUUUCCUGGUAAGCUCUUACCCGGGUAAGA